AUGCGAGAGUCAAGUACUACUACAAAGCUUCGAGUCGUUUUCAACGGAUCGCAGAAAACUAACGCCGGACAUUCUCUAAAUGAUCAUCUUCACGUGGGCCCAAAGAUUUUGCCUGAACUCGUCAGCAUCUUACUUCGAUGGAGAGCGCACGCAGUCGUGUUCUCCGCCGAUAUGGAAAAAAUGUAUAGACAAGUAUUGGUGCAUGAAGAGGAUCGUGAUCUUCAACGAAUUUGCUGGAGAAAGGACUCCUCAUUGGAAAUUAAUACUUACCGUCUUCGCACGGUAACGUACGGCCUCACGUGUGCUCCCUUCCUCGCAAUAAGAGUGCUCCGUCAACUCGCUCAUGAUGAAAGGGAUCGCUUCCCAAUUGGAGCCUCAGCACUUUCGAGCGACGUCUACGUCGAUGACGUUUUAUCUGGUGCUGACGACAUCACCAGUGCCUUGAUCAAGCAAAACGAAUUAAUCGAGUUGCUCAAGGCGGGCGGUUUCACUCUACGGAAAUGGACCUCAAAUACUCCAGAACUUCUUGAACAUCUAACGCCUGAAGUCAGAGCCACGACAACGUCGAUCGUCUGGCAACCGGAAACCUUCCACAUGCUGGGGCUAUCAUGGCAAUCGAGCAGUGACUCUUUUCUUUUCCAGUUAAACACUACCAAGCUUCAGCAUCCUCUAACAAAAAGAAAUGUGUUGUCGCGUAUUGCUCAACUCUUCGACCCGCUUGGAUGGCUAGCACCAGUUGUUAUACUCGCAAAAAUAUUCAUGCAAUCCCUGUGGCUGCUUAAACUCGAAUGGGAUGACGCCUUACCUGACGAACAAGUCAACCGUUGGAUCGAAAUUCAUUCAGAUCUACCAGCAAUCUCGAAUUUCCGCAUUCCUCGAUGGCUCGGAUUAAACUCAUCGCAACAGACUGUCGAGCUUCAUGGUUUCGGGGACGCGUCACAGCUUGCUUAUGCUGCUGUAGUGUAUUUGCGCAUCAUUCGUGAUGGACAAUCUUCGGUUACUCUCGUAUCGUCCAAAACGAAAGUCGCUCCGGUCAAACAAGUUUCCCUGCCGCGAUUAGAACUUUGUGCUGCUAACCUCGUCACGCGACUAGCUAAAACUAUCCUUGCUAUGCUCAAACUCGAUCGUCCGGUUCACCUUUGGUCAGACUCGACGAUAACACUUGCGUGGAUACGUGCACACCCGACCAAGUGGACAACCUACGUAGCUAAUCGUGUAGCUGACAUUCAACUUUCUCUCCCGAAUGCUAUUUGGCACCACGUUGAAUCAGCAAGCAAUCCGGCAGAUUGCGCAUCUCGAGGAGUUCUCGCAUCGGACCUUCAAGACCACUCUCUCUGGUGGAGAGGCCCUGAAUGGUUGCACGAAGAUGCUAACAACUGGCCGUCCAGUCCUCGUAAACCUCCGAAUGAUCUUCCAGAAACUCGUUUGACGUCUCACGCCGUCGCCGAACAAAUUGACGAGCCAUACCAUCUCCUCACCAAGUACUCGAACUUGACAAGGUUAUCAAGAAUCACUGCUUGGUGUUGUCGUGUCAAUCUCACAAAAAAUGGUAAACGCAAUCUAACUCCAGCACUCACGCCAUCUGAAAUCGCUGCCGCCCUCCUGCGUCUCAUUCGAGUUGAACAAAACCGCAAUUUUAAAACUGAAAUUCGUCUUCUCGAAUCCGGACAAACGCCUUCGAAAGGGCAACUUCUCAAACUGAGCCCCCUUCUCGACGACAAAGGUCAUCUCCGCGUGGGCGGACGGCUAAAAAACUCACUUCUCGAUCCUGAUGAGAAACACCCUUACAUUCUACCAAGCCGAUCUCCAUUGACUAAGUUACUCAUCGAACAUUAUCAUAAGGAAACUCUUCACGGCGGAGUGCAGCUCACUCUCGCCACCCUCCGACAACGAUACUGGGUGAUUGGUGGUCGCACUGCAGUGAAAGCGGUCAUACACAGAUGUCUUAUUUGCGUGCGACACCGAGCUACGACAGCGACUCAAAUCAUGGGAAAUCUUCCGAAGGCUCGAGUCACCCGAGCUCGACCCUUCCUCCACUCUGGAGUAGAUUACGCUGGUCCAAUCUACCUUCGAACUGCGAAAGGAAGGGGACACAAAUCGUACAAGGCUUACAUUGCCGUGUUCGUUUGCUUUUCGACAAGAGCGGUACACCUUGAAGCCGUAUCCGACUACACCACUGAUAGCUUCUUGGCGGCAUUCCGGCGAUUUGUUUCGCGCAGAGGAAAGUGCGCUACACUUACAAGUGAUUGCGGAACAAAUUUUGUAGGAGCAGACGCUGAACUACGAGCUCUCCUUGCUACUACUUUGUGA